AUGUCGUUCUGCGACGAUUGCUGGCCCAGGCAGCCAGCACAUAAGGCCAACACGGCAAAGCUGUUCGAUCGCCCGCACGUCAAGGAAGACAAAGCCACCAUAUUGUUGAUCAAAUCCAUCAUGGAACCACCUGUCGAUGAAGAAGAGGUCAGAAAACUCCAUAAGCAGGAUCAGGACUCGCGUUGGUUUGGUGUCGUCAAGUCUACGCCCCAUGCAAAGUCACAAUUUCACGACUUUGGCCGCUUUGACGAGCUUAUGGCAGACAGCCGGCCAUUACUAGGGAGUGAUCGGUAUCCUAAGCUGGUCUCGUUCAUAGGAGACACGUAUGCUGGAAAGAGUACCAUCGUGAAAGCACUUCUUUCUCUAGGCAAUCGGGACAACACCGAUGUCUCGCUAGAGGGGAUGUCGGCCCCUGUACCGGGGUCCAGAGCCAACGAGGGCACAGCUACAUCCGAGGGAGUCCAUCUCUACGCCGAUCCCGAGUAUCUUGAAAGCUCGAUGCCCAUCCUCUACGCUGAUUGUGAGGGCUUGAACGCCGGAGAAAAGAUACCAUUCGCGGCCGCCGAACCGCCACAAGCAAGCAGGCGCAAUAGCAUAGGAGGGAACAAAUUCAGGAGACGCCUCGAGGGCAGAGUGCGCCCCAUCGAGUGGACAAAGCCCAACGAUCCGAAGAUGGGCACAAGGCAAUUCGCAGUUGAGAACUUAUACCCCCGAUUUCUUUACACAUUCUCGGAUGUCCUCGUCUUUGUGCAGAAGAACCCGAACCAACUGCAUAUCACGUACAAAUACCUGGUCGAUUGGGCCAGACACAGUGUUGAAAAGUCCGUCAACCAAGCAAUUCUGCCGGUGGCCGUAGUCGUCAUCAACGCUGCCGAAAUGGACGAGGACGCGAGGAGAUGGACAAUCGAAGGCGCUACCGAAGACUUUUUCCGUGAUGUCAAAGGUAUCACUACAGACGACAGUCUCAAAGAGCUGAUGAAGAACUUCCUUGCCGAGAACGACGAACGCACGCUGAGCGCACAAGAGCUCCUUGAAUGCUACUACAAAUCCGUCCGCGUCAUUCGUGUACCGGCUAAGAAGGCCGAUACCUAUAAUCUCAUCAACACGCAACUGGUGUUGCUGCGUGGUGAGAUACUUCGCGCUUGUCAGAGGGCGCUGGAUGAGAAGAGAAUCAAGCGACGGCUCGCAAGCGUUGAUGACCUUCAACAAUACCUGCACGCAGGCUUCGAUCAUUUCGCAAGUGACCUGGAUCGCCCAUUCGACUUCCGUGCGGUAGACACCCGCAACAAGCUGAUUGCUCAUGAUUUCAGCGACCACAUCUUGACGUUGGCGAGUACUAUCUACGAAACUACCCAGGGACAGAAUACUCGGGGUCAGCGGCUGAGCCUGAGUCCUGCGAACUUAUUCAAUGGUCUAUGUGCGUUCAUAGCAUCUUGUAUCCUUCUGGAUUACGUACGGAACGACUUACAAGGAUCGGUCCUUGAUUACUACCCAAAGGAAUACUCUCCGUUCUGCAAAACCGCGCUGCAGAUGUUUUGCAACGACUUUCUGCCUUGUGAAUUUCGCAGCAAGAAGAUCCAGGUCUGCUGCAAUGUCAAAUCCGCUCACGAUAAGGGUCACCAGAACGAGAAAGGAAAACGCGUCUUAGGCAACUAUCGUUCCUCACUUGACCCUUCCCGGUUCGAGGCCGGGUGGAUAGAGAAAAUUGAGCAAGAACUAAAAGCACAGGAGCAAAAGUUCAGCAGCGCGCGCCGAAAGACAUUUCCCUUGCAUCAAACGCCGUCAAUAAGCGCCGGUGAGGCAACGUCCUCCGUUGAUGUCAAGAUUAUGUCGAAGCUGCACAGCGAUGUCCUAGCAGACUUCUUCGCUCACGUCGCAUCGUCGAAAGACUUUGUCAGUUGCGUGAGCUGCUUCAGAUGUCUCAUGGCCACCCCUGAACACGCUCUAGAAUGCGGUCAUGUCCUCUGCGACUCAUGCAUUCGCGAUCUUGGCGAUGAGAAGGACGAUCUGGCCAUUAUUGUUCGAUCCUGUCCCUUACAUACAGAGCUUCGAGACAUGGAUUGGGCAAUAGCACAGAAGCCCGACUUCGCCGGCCUGCGAAUCCUGGGCGGUGUACGUGGAAUAGUCGAACUAGAGAUUCUACGCGCCAUCGAGAAUCGCAUCAAUCUUAACAUCCCGUCCGGAGGAAUACCUAUACAAAGACUAUUCGACCUUGUUGUGGGCACCAGCACCGGCGGAAUCGUGGCUCUGGGACUGGUUGCCAUGCAGUGGCCUGUGAGUACUUGUAUCACGAUUUUUGAAGCAUUGUGUCAGGAUGCUUUCCAAGAGAGAGAGGGCGCUGGUACCAUCUUUGAGAAGGUUGUGACGAUCAAACACAAUAGCAAGUGGAAGACAACGCCGCUGCACGACGUUCUCAGGAAGGCCUUCGGUGAAGGCCUCUUGUUCGGUGGCCGCAGCAACGUGGCCAACCACGCCGGGAAGGUAGCAGUUGUUUCGACCUCACGCACAGGAAAUCGAUCAUUAAUCUUGUCGAACUACAACCGUCAGCAGAUGUCAGAUCCUGGGUACACGUUGGAAACAUCCCGUAGCAUGGACGAGGCGUUCAAGAUAUGGGAAGCUGCGGCAGCUACAUCAGCGGCUCCAAGUUACUUCAAACCGUUCGAACGUCAGGUAGGACGCAAUGUUACGAAGACCUACCUGGACGGUGCCCUCAAUCACAACAAUCCAGUCGUGGUAGCGAAGCGUGAACGAAGACUUCUCUGGCCUGAUGUUGCAUCCAGACAUCCGGAUGUGUUCCUAUCGUUGGGCACAGGCCAGAACGCAAGAGCACUAGAGACCAGGCUGAAGGUCCUCGAAGGACGCUCUCGUGAAGCUCACCUCAAGGCAAAGGCCCAGGCUUCAAAUCACGGCCGGAAGCGAUUUCGAUCGUUGAGAGGCAUCAAAGACUUCUUCAGCGUACUAUCCGAUAAAAUGGAGAAUAUUCUCGACACCGAAUGGGCCUGGCAAGAGUUCUACCGUGACACAGUCGGGGAGCACUGGGCUUCGGAUUUUGGCUCCAGGUACAUACGCUUGAAUCCCGAUCUAGGACGCGAUCCGCCUGCGCUUGACGCAAAACACAAGGUCGAUUCACUGCAGGGCGAUGUCGUCAAGCUGCUGCAACAGUGGCCCUUGUCCGGAGAUAUCGAAGAAGUGGCAAACAUGCUAGUCGCAAGCUGCUUCUAUUUCAAGAAGGAAAAAUCGCAGAUUUGCAAAAGAGACGGAACACAAACUUUCCUUUGCGCCGGCCACAUCCGUUGCAAGCUCGCCCACGAAGAUCAAUACGUUAAGCGCCUUGCCGAAUUUCUCAAGAAUCAAAUUGUCGGGAACUUCCUUCCCAGCUUCGUCAUAAAGAACCGGCUUUCUUCCAAUGACGAAAAUAAGAUUGAUCUAACCCGCGACUCGCUUGAAUAUAUGGCGACCCACAAAGUGUUCGAAUUACGCAGCGUCCUACAGAUCGAAACCAGUGACCGUGAAGAGCAGGUCUACAUUCUCCUGCGCCUCCGGCGGCAGGGGAACUCCCGCAGAAUUCAGACACGAGACUAUCCACUCAGUGGCUUUCCACGCAAGUUCAUGGUAGAGGACGAAAGAAAUGGUGAGCUUGUUCCAUUGAAUUCUACAAGGCCGAUCCUCCUGGGAAGAGUUGCAAGGGAUUAUGCGCUGACCAUGGUUGCAGCCUCUCGACAACAGCAGCAGCGGCAAGAGAUGCUGAAGCGUCGUCACCAGAGCGGCGAUUCCAACUCGCCGAAAUUUGCGGAACUUGCAGCGACGAUGUCGAAGGUGUCAAUCGCGAGUCGUGUUGCAACUCGCAACGGAUCCACGGAAAGUCUUGCGGAGUCUGAUACAGAGGAGAGACAAGGCAUGUUGGCUGAACAUGUCUUUGAAGAGUACAAAGCAUGGAGCAAAGAAUGA